CAGUCGUUGCUGGUGGAAGUAUAUCAGUUGUGAAUUUUCAAAUAAUAAUUAAAUUUUCAACCAAAAAAAAAACCCCAAAAAUAAUUCCCAAAAAUAAUUAAAAUAUUUGUGAAAAAAAACCAUCGAAAACCAAUUUAAUAUCAAAAUGGUAGGAUCGGCAGUCCAAGUAAUCACCGCUUCUGAGGAGCAUAGCUUUGCGCUAAACGAGGAGGCACUGCGUGAGGUGCUGAUGCGCGAGGCCGUCAAGGACCGGCACGUAUGCGUAGUCUCUGUGGCCGGAGCCUUCCGGAAGGGAAAGAGCUUCCUUCUGGACUUUUUCCUGCGGUACAUGUACUCAAAGUAUGUGCAUCAAGAUGCUACCGAUUGGCUCGGUGACGAGUCCAAGCCCUUGGAGGGCUUUUCAUGGCGUGGCGGAUCGGAACGCGACACGACCGGCAUCUUAAUGUGGUCGGAUGUGUUCCUCUACGACUAUCCCAAUGGCGACAAAAUCGCUAUCUUACUGAUGGACACUCAGGGUGCCUUUGACAGUCAAAGUACUGUUCGAGACUGUGCAACUGUGUUUGCACUCAGCACGAUGCUUUCUUCUGUUCAAAUCUACAAUUUAUCCCAAAACAUUCAAGAGGAUGACUUGCAGCAUUUGCAACUUUUCACGGAAUACGGACGACUUGCACUGGCUGACACUGGGAAGAAACCUUUCCAACGGCUGCAAUUGGUUGUUAGAGAUUGGUCAUUCCCCUACGAGGCGGAAUAUGGAGCAGUUGGUGGCGAAAAGAUUGUGAAGAGGCGUCUUGAGGUCUCUGACAAGCAGCACCCGGAGCUGCAGUCCCUCCGCCGACACAUCAAUUCUUGCUUCACCGAGGUGGCCUGCUUUUUGAUGCCACAUCCGGGUCUCAAUGUGGCCACCAAUCCCCACUUUGACGGAAGACUCUCGGACAUAACCGCCGAGUUCAAACAUGGGCUGCGCAGCCUGGUACCCAUGCUGCUGGCGCCCGAAAACCUGGUCUUUAAGGAGAUCAGCGGCCAACGGGUUCGGGCCCGUGAGCUCAUACAAUACUUUCAAUCUUACAUGAGCAUUUACAAGGGCAACGAGCUGCCCGAGCCCAAGAGCAUGCUGGUGGCCACCGCCGAGGCUAACCACCUCACUGCCGUUGCCGCCGCCAAAGAGCUAUACCAGCAGCUAAUGGAGGAAGUAUGCGGUGGCACCCGGCUCUACCUAAGCACCGCGCAUUUGGAGACGGAACAUCUGCGGGUCAAGGACAAGGCGCUCUUUCAGUUUGCCACCAAGCGUAAGAUGGGCGGAGAGGAGUUUACGGAGAAGUUCCGGGUCCAACUGGAAGCCGAUCUCGAGGACGUAUUCAACAACUAUCGUGCCCAUAAUGAAAGUAAAAAUAUUUUCAAGGCAGCACGCACUCCUGCGGUUUACUUCACCUGUGCCGCUAUUAUGUACAUCCUUAGCGGCAUCUUUGGCCUCCUGGGACUGUACACUUUUGCGAAUUUCUGCAAUCUACUGAUGGGCGUGGCAUUGAUAACCCUAUCCCUAUGGGCCUACAUCCGAUACAGUGGAACUCUGUGCGACUUUGGCGGCAAGAUGGACGAUCUGGCAACAUUGAUGUGGGAGAAUUUCAUGCGCCCCGUCUAUCAGGGGUGCAUGGAGAAGGGCAUCCAUCAUAUGGCCACUCAUGCCACCGAGAUGGCCGUGGGCGGCGGUGGAGCUGCCGGCUACCGUGCCCAGACAUCGGUGAACAUCAACCCAAGUGUGGCACCCAAAGCAAACGACGACUCCAAUGAGGCACAGGGCUUCAUGAAGAAUAUCUGGCGCAAGAUCGGCAGCGACACUAAGGCCAAUGCUGAUCCUCCAUCCGGUUCCCAGGCGGCCAGCACUUCCAAGAAGACCAACUAAGCUCCAAGGUCCAAGGACCAGUAGAAUAAUGACCAAUAUUUCAAAGACAGACUUCUAAUUUGUAUAAACACGCAACAUCCAAUCACAAAGAAUUAGUUAUUAGUUACUAUUAUUAUUAUUAAUAUUCAUU